GCCAGUAAUUCCCACGCUCACGCCCACCACACUCGGCCUGCGCUUCACCCACUGCCAUAGACUGUAAAUAUGUUCCGCCCUCUCUGUUCUUCUAGGAUACCGUAAUGCGACCUUCCCUCCGCCCGACAUGGCCCACAAACUCUUCGCUACUCGCAUGGCUUCCCCGAGCAACUCCGCACCGCGUCCCCCGCCGCAUCGCAACCACUUCAGCCCAUAAUGCAGCACCAGUUGACCUCCCUAAGAUGGUGCUUUCCCCUGGCUCUCCUCACCAUAACUCACUGCCCACCUUUCUCGACUAUGCAAAGCGCACCAAUCUAGCAUUGGAUAGCACACUAUUCAUUGGCACACACUAUGAGUACACAAGCGCGCUUGCCCUCAUGCGCCUAGGCUUUUCGCUGCUACGCAUAGGGCGCACCUCGGAUGCGGGUAUUGAUCUCAUCGGCCAUUGGGUCUUGGCCCCAUUGAGGGAGCCGCUGCCAGUCAUCAUCCAGUGCAAAGCGCGCAAGAUUUCGGUAAACCCCAGCCAUAUCCGCGAACUCGAGGGCUCCUUUUGCGGCAUACCGCCUGAUUGGACCAAGAAGGACGUGCUUGGAUUGCUGGUAACGACAAAGAAGGCCACCAGAGGGGUGUUGGAAGCUGUGGGUCACAGUCAUUGGCCUAUGGGCUUCGUCUUGAUCUCUCAGCAAGGUUUAAUACAGCAAUUUGUCUGGAAUCGCGCGGCGUGUGACAGGGGGUUGGAAGGCGUGGGUGUUACAGUGAGGCACACGCCACGGAUCCUAUUACCCGACGCCGAGCACGAGACGGAGCAAGAUGAAUCUGGCACAGCGAAGAAGCGCCUGGCCAAGUUCAAGAAUGCCGGCACGAGGAGGGACAUUCAGUUGACAUGGAUGGGCUCGCCUAUCUUUCCAGAAAGGAAGGAUCUGGAUCAGGAGACGCUUGGCCUCAUGCGACAAAUCCCAGCCGACGACAAAGUUGUCAAAGUUGCUAAAGUUGCUAAAGUUGCCACUGUUGUUGCUAUGGAGAAACGGCGUCCAGGGCGCCCAAAAGGUUCCAAGAACAAGCCACUUGUUGAAGCUACUGAAACUGUUGGACCGAGGCCCAGAGGCCGUCCAAAGGGUUCCAAGAACCAAUCAACCCUUCAAGCUGAAAAAGAAGCUACAUACAAACCCAGAGGCCGACCUAAGGGCACAACAAAGCAUUAUGCGGAAAAGAUGCCAUUUCCACGCGGUGGUUUAGUUCCACGUACUCUUAAAAGCUACUGCGGCCGACCCAAGGGCGCCAAAACAAAGCGAUGAACGACAGUUGAUGAUGAGUAGAGAUACGGCAUUGUCCUGGUUUUCAACCCAGGGUGAUGCCGGCAAUCAAAUGUGAUACCAGUUGCUUGGCUGUCUGUGUCGUGCGAUACCUGGCCUGUCAUUCAGCAGCACAGCACAAUCUCCAGAAAAGGCUUGGAAUGGAAGAAUGCUAGAAUGCCAGAAUAAUUAACCGAAAAUUUCUCAAUGAUGUUAGGAUACUAUAGCGCAUUGCACAUCCUCCAUCUUGCAUCCCGACUUUCUACACUCUUCAUGUGCUGUCAUGCUCUCAGUGCGGACUGGAAUCUUCAAGUUUGAAACAGAAGACAGCAUGUUGAAAGUUUAGGCAUUAGUUCAAUUUAGUAGUAUUGAUAAGACAUGCAUCUUGGGUCAGCUCAAGUCGAUUGAACUCAC